CUGCGGGAGUCGGAGGCAGUAGGGCGGGGAGAGUGUGGCCCAGGCUACCGGAGCGAACACCUAUCAUCUGGAGACAACCGGCACGGCUGUGUUCGGGACGUGCGCUUCACUUCCUUUCUUUCUUUGUGGGAUUUAAAAACAAAAAAAAAAAACAUAAUUUCCAUAAAACAGGCCACGGGAGUUCACGCACAAACGAGAGUGCUCAGAGCGGUGCGAUGGAGGACGGGAAGCCGGUGUGGGCGCCCCACCCAGCGGACGGGUUCCAGCUGGGAACCAUAGUGGACAUUGGAUCCGACAGCCUCACCAUCGAACCUCUCAAACAGAAGGGAAAGACCUUCUUGGCCGCCAUCAACCAAGUCUUCCCCGCCGAGGAUGACGUCAACAAACACGUGGAGGACAACUGUUCUCUGAUGUACUUGAACGAAGCCACACUGCUCAACAACGUUCGCGUGAGAUACAGCAAAGACAAGAUCUACACGUUUGUAGCCAACAUCCUGAUCGCGGUGAACCCGUACUAUGACAUCCCAAAGCUCUACUCGCCAGAGACCAUCAGCCAGUACCGGGGCCGCUCGCUGGGCACGCUGCCACCACACGUCUACGCCAUCGCUGACAAGGCGUACAGGGACAUGAAGGUGCUGAAGAUGAGCCAGUCCAUCAUCGUCUCGGGGGAGUCCGGAGCCGGGAAGACAGAAAACACCAAGUUCGUGCUCAAAUACUUGACAACCUCGUAUGGAACCGGUCAGGACAUUGAUGAGAGAAUAGUGGAAGCGAACCCGUUGCUGGAGGCUUUCGGAAACGCAAAAACCGUCCGGAACAACAACAGCAGUCGCUUCGGGAAGUUUGUGGAAAUCCACUUUAACGAGAAGAAUGCGGUGGUGGGCGGCUUCGUGUCGCACUACCUGCUGGAGAAGUCGAGGAUUUGCCGACAGAGCAAAGAGGAGAGGAACUACCACAUCUUCUACCGGCUGUGUGCCGGAGCCACCGAGGACAUCCGGCAGAAGUUUCACCUCAGCUCCCCGGACACGUUCAGGUACCUGAACCGAGGAUGCACUCGCUACUUUGCCUCCAAAGAUACGGACAAACAGAUCCUGCAGAAUCGCAAGAGCACAGAGCACGCCAAGUCGGGCCCUCUGAAGGACCCGCUGCUGGACGACCAGGGCGACUUCAACCGGAUGUCCGUGGCCAUGAAGAAGAUCGGCUUGGACGACACGGAGAAGCUGGACCUGUUCCGGGUGGUGGCCGGCGUGCUGCACCUCGGCAACAUCGACUUCGAGGAGGCCGGGAGCACUUCAGGUGGCUGCGCCAUCAAGAACCAGUCGAGUCAGACGCUGGAGCACUGUGCCGAGCUGCUGGGCCUGGAGGAGGAGGACCUGAGAGUCAGCCUCACCUCCAGGGUCAUGCUCACGUCAGCAGGGGGCGCCAAAGGAACGGUCAUCAAGGUGCCACUCAAAGUGGAGCAGGCUAACAACGCUCGGGACGCCCUGGCGAAGGCCGUGUACAGCCGCCUUUUCGACCACGUGGUGACCAGAGUCAACCAGUGCUUCCCCUUCGACUCCUCCGCCAACUUCAUCGGCGUCCUGGACAUCGCUGGCUUCGAGUACUUUGAACACAACAGCUUCGAGCAGUUCUGCAUCAACUACUGUAACGAGAAACUGCAGCAGUUCUUCAAUGAGCGGAUACUGAAAGAGGAGCAAGAGCUGUACCAGAGGGAGGGGCUCGGAGUCAACGAGGUCCACUACGUCGACAACCAGGACUGCAUAGACCUGGUGGAGGCGAAGGUGCUCGGCAUCCUGGACAUCCUGGACGAAGAGAACCGACUACCUCAACCCAGCGACCAGCACUUCACCGACACCGUUCACAACAAACACAAGGACCACUUCCGCCUCACCGUUCCCAGGAAGUCUAAGCUGGCGGUGCACAGGAACGUGCGGGAUGAUGAAGGAUUUAUUAUCAGACACUUUGCAGGAGCCGUGUGCUAUGAGACGACCAAGUUUGUGGAGAAGAACAACGACGCGCUGCACAUGUCUCUGGAGAGUCUGGUCAGCGAGUCUAAGGACCGCUUCGUCCGCGAGCUCUUCGAGAACUCCAGCAACAGCAAAGACAUGAAGCAGAAGGCGGGAAAACUGGGCUUCAUCAGCGUCGGCAACAAGUUUAAGACCCAGCUGAAUAUUCUCCUGGAGAAGCUCCGCAGCACGGGCUCCAGUUUCAUCCGCUGCAUUAAACCAAACCUGAAGAUGAUCAGCCACCAGUUUGAAGGCGCUCAGAUUCUCUCCCAGCUGCAGUGCUCCGGUAUGGUGUCAGUGCUGGACCUGAUGCAGGGCGGCUUCCCCUCCAGGGCUCCCUUCCACGAGCUCUACAACAUGUACCAGCAGUACAUGCCGCCCAAACUCACCCGCCUCGACCCGCGCCUCUUCUGCAAGGCUUUAUUCAAAGCUCUGGGGCUGAAUGAGAAUGACUACAAGUUCGGACUGACCAGAGUGUUUUUCCGGCCUGGGAAGUUCAAAGAGUUUGACCAGAUCAUGAAGUCGGACCCGGACCACCUGGCAGAGCUGGUGAAGAAGGUCAACAAGUGGCUUAUCCACAGCCGCUGGAAGAAGGUCCAGUGGUGCGCUCUGUCCGUCAUCAAACUGAAGAACAAGAUUUUGUACCGGACCAGCGCCUGCAUCCAGAUGCAGAAGACUGUUCGGAUGUGGCUCUGCAGGAAGAAGCACAAGCCUCGGAUUGACGGGUUAGUGAAGGUGCGUAACCUGAAGACGAGGAUGGACCGCUUCACCGAGGUGGUGGCCGGGCUGAAGGAGGGCAAACAGGAGAUGAGCAAGCAGACCCAGGAUCUGGAGAACGCCAUCGACUCCCUGGUGGCCAAAAUCAAGAGCACCAUGAUGAGCCGCAUCGAUAUCGAUCACGAGUACCGGGCGCUGGUGACGCGGUCGGAGCAGCUGCUGACCGCCAUGCAGAACAAGAAGAAGGAGGAGGAGGAGAGAGAGAGGCUGCGGCGCAUCCAGGAGGAGAUGGAGAGAGAGAAGAAGAGGAGGGAGGAGGAGGAGAAGCGCCGCCUGCAGGAGGAGGACGACAGGAGGCUGAAAGCAGAGAUGGAGCUGAAGAGGAAGCAGGAAGAGGAGGAAAGGAAGAAGAGGGAGGAAGAGGAGAGAAAAAUGCAGGUGGAGAUGGAGCUGCAGCUGCAGGCGGAGCGGGAGCAGGAGGCGUCCCGGCAGACGGUCCUGGAGCAGGAGAGGCGGGACCGGGAGCUGGCGCUGAGGAUUGCUCAGAGCGAGUCGGAGCUCAUCCCUGAGGAGGUGCAGAUCGACGCGGGCCUACGCAGUAACGGCUCCUCAGUUCCAUCAUCCCCAGAGAGAGCAGCCACGGCGGGAACCACAGUACUCAAGAGCUUGACCAUGGAAGAAAUGGCGAAGGAAAUGACUGAACUUCUGUCUAGAGGUCCACAGGUUCAGGCGUCCAAAGCCGCUGCCGGCGCCAAGAAGUACGAGCUGAGCAAGUGGAAGUACGCUGAGCUGCGGGACGCCAUCAAUACCUCAUGUGACAUCGAGCUGCUGGCCGCCUGCAGAGAGGAGUUCCACCGCCGGCUCAAAGUCUACCACGCCUGGAAGUCAAAGAACAAGAAGAGGAACACGGAGACGGAGCCGCAGCGAGCGCCGAAAUCUGUCACCGACUACGCGCAGCAGAACCCGGCCCCGCCCAUCCCGGCCCGGCAGUACGAGGUGGCCAUGAACCGGCAGCAGCGCUACUUCCGCAUCCCGUUCAUCCGGCCGGGCGACCAGUACAAGGACCCCCAGAACAAGAAGAAGGGCUGGUGGUACGCACACUUCGACGGGCCCUGGAUCGCCCGGCAGAUGGAGCUGCAUCCCGAUAAACAUCCCAUCGUUCUGGUGGCAGGAAAGGACGACAUGGAGAUGUGCGAGCUGAGUCUGGAGGAGACGGGCCUGUCGAGGAAGAGGGGCGCCGAGAUCCUCCCCCGGCAGUUCGAGGAGAUCUGGGAGCGCUGCGGCGGGGUCCAGUACCUCCGCAGCGCCAUCGAGAGCCGGCAGGCGCGCCCCACCUACGCCACGGCCAUGCUGCAGAGCAUGUUCAAGUAGACGGAGCCCUGAGG